GAUCAGUCCAAAGUCCAAAGGUGUCAGAAUCCUUCUGAGCACUGCCGACAGAUCUAAGAGCCCGCAUGUGGAUUUCAGUAAGGUGCAGCUGCAUUUGUGGAAAUCUAAAGCAGUACUAUUGAAAUGCAGGUAUGGAGCUGACAGCAGCCAUCUUCAUCUUGGUGUUGGCAUCUAGACUCCAGCCCAUUGCAGGUGUUGGCCAUGAUCCAUUGCUUGUUGUAGAUGAUUAUGAGGAUGGUGGCAUUCGACUCAAAUGUUUAUCUGAAAGGUUGUUUUCUGAAGCUCAACUGUUGUGGACAAACAGUAGAGGAGACAACAUCACAGGAACUCCUCUUUCUGCUGACACCAGCACUGCCACUGUCAGCAGCUCCAUCAUUCUCAAAGCAGGAUCUGGAAACUCUGCGUCCUGCAAAAUUAUAGAUAAACAACUGAAAACAUCAACAGAAUCUUCAGUUGCCAUUGCAGAUGUCUUCUUUCCUUCUACCUCCCCUUGGCUGGCGGCUUUUGUUGUGAUCCUGCUCCUGAGCAUAUUCCUGGUCCUCGCUGCAUUUUAUAAAAUCAGAAAUAACAAUAAGGAAAUCACUCGUGCAGAAAAAGCACGAGAGCAAAUUCAACAAGACAUAGAUAAACUCAAACAGAAAUUGGAAGAGCAAAAGACGAGAUUUCAGAAGGAAAAUGAGGAUGCAAAGAAAAGAAUUGAAAACAUCCGGAAUGAACUCAAGUUCAGGAAAGCUCGUAGCAACGCAGUUAAUAUCACUCUGGAUCAGAAAUGCAGACACCCCAACCUCUGCAUUAGUAAUGACAACAGGAGGGUAAAGUCCUCAAACAAGACAAAGACAGCCCUCAAAGCGAUGGUGGUAGCUACCGAAGGUUUUCCAGGCAAAAAACAUUACUGGGAAGUGGAGGUGGGGAACCAAUCACAAUGGGAGCUGGGAGUGGUGAGUGAGAAAAUUAGGAAUAUGAUAAUGAACAGCACAGGGAAUUCAUUCCCAGAGGAUAAUUUAUUCAGUCUACAGUAUUCUCAGGGAAAAUACAUACUAACUGGUGGGAAGGAUGUAAGUGAUUGCAAACAGUGCAGAGUGGUGGGUGUUCUCCUGGAUGUGGAAAAUGCUGAGCUUUCAUUCUACAAUGUUGAAGAAAUGAGCCCUCUUGGGUCUGUCUACUUUGAGUUUACUGGGAAACAAUAUCCAUUCUUCAGUCCAGACUCGAGUGGCGAAUGGCUGGGGGUACGACCUGUAAAACCACAGACCUAGGACUCUCUUCCAUAGAGUGAGAAAGAGAUUAAUAAACGAACAGUGUGGUGAAUAAGAGAGGAUGCAAAAAUGUAGAAGAAGAAAAGAAUGUAUUUUCAUCUUUAAAAACUAUGGUUAAGGAAGAAAUAGUCCCUGAAGUACUUCAGAGGGAGUCAUCUUGCUGUAAGAGCUCAUUUUGUAAAAACUGAAACAUAUCAGACAUUGCAAUUGUAUUUUAUUCUGUCUGGAAUAAGAAGAAAUAAACACAAAAAACCUAAGUGCUACAUAUUUAUUUCAGUAUUUGUACUAUUUACUGUAUAUUCAUUUUCAUCUAACAAACUCAGAUAUAGUCAUUUGUAAACAACAGUUAUAUUCAACUGACUGAAUGUGGAAGCAUAAUGCGUUUUGAACUCAUGUAUAUGCAGCUAGAAUUAAAUGACCUAAUUUGCACCUUCAA